AUGAUGUUUGCCGGAAAGUCGUUAUUUAGAGAUAUCAGGUAAGAAGGAUGAAAAACAAACAAACAGAAAAAUAACUUUACUUCCAUGUUAGCUUUCAUUCACUCUGCCAUGUACUACUGCUAUGUAGGCUAUAACUGCUUCGUCACAAUUGUAUAUAUAAAAAACAUAAAAAAAACGCUCGUAACUACAAGAGCUUAAUAAACCUAAAUUGUAGCGUUGGUGUUUUGCAAUUUUCAGCGCAUGCUUAAAGGAAUCGACGUUUAGAUCUUUCAAAAUUUGAAGAUUUUUUACAUUUGAACAUGUAUAACCGUUUAUAUGCAAACAAUUUCGAGUUGUAGCCUAUUACGUCCGCUCAUUUAUUAUUGAUGGGAUGUGAAUAAGUAGCCAUAUGUUCAAUAAACGGUAUUUUACUAUAUCCACAGCUGAGUAAGCAUUUGUAAAAUAAUCCAAACACAUAAAUUCAAACUUCCUGCCUGAGAGUAUCUGAUUAACUUACUAAAUGUGGAAAAUAAAGAUUUCCUACUUAAAUAAAAAAAUGGUUAUUACAUGAAAGAAAACAUUGCAUACUGCUGAAUUUAAGUGUCUUUUUUUGAAUUGGAGAGGACUUUCUGCGGCAUGGUUAUGAUCACUAAUUAACGAAAUAAUAUUUGAAUGCAAUUUGGAAGAUUUAGCUUAUUUAAUAUAAAAUUAAAUAAAGCCAAGCAGAAAAUAAAUAAUAUUAAGAAUUUUCUACGGAAACGUGCACGCAUACAGGCAAUUGGGAGAAGCACUUUUAUUAAAGUAUUUGAAAGCAAGUAUGCAUGCCGUCUUUUGAAUAAACAACAUGAAAGCAAUUAUUGAAUACACUUUUUACAUGAUAUAAGCAACAUUCGUAGGUCUUAACUAGUUUAUGGCGUAUACCUCAGCUAUUAAUACUAACUGGAGAAAACAGAAACGUUGGUCUUACUAUUCUUCAUAUGACGCUAAACAACUUUCAAUUAUAUGUUAAAAAUAUUUACACAAACUUAGACAGAAUUUAUACUGAAAGACGAAAAUUAGUCUCCAAAAGACGCUUACUAUAGAGAUUGUUAUGAUGAUUCUGUUUGUUAACACAUUAAGAUCAUUCCAUUUUUUCAUUUUAUCGGAGUCAUAUAUACAUAGAUAUCUCGGCAUCGGAAUGCUAAUUUCAACAUAUUAAUUAAGGCCCUUGUUCAGAGAGGAAUGCUUUUUUAACUGAAAUGACUGUCGUCGCUCCACUCAACAAGCUCCACUGAUGAAAGAACGUUGGCUAAAAAGUUUUACUUUCAUGGCGAGCAAAGCUCGUUUCUAAUCCCACAUUUCGAAUUGCACACAUGCUGAAACAUUAAAAGACUAAAUUAUUAGAUUCUAAUAUUACCUUUUGCAAUGUUUGCCUUCUAUUUCUUUGGAUAAAUAAUUGUCGGCGAUGUUUGUUAGACAUGCAGCGGCGGUAGAUUCAAGCAAUAUGAAACUUCGAGAAAUUACAUUGUGCCAAACGUAUGCAUGUCAUUUUCUUGAGAGAACUCAAGUGUUAACAGCGCGUUAUAGGGGAGUUUUACUAAAAUAAUACUUCGCCUGCGUCAUUUCCGCUAUGGUUUUUUGCAAAUUUCAUGCAUCCUGUAGCGCAUAAUAAUGGGAAAAACAAACGUCAUAAUUGACAUGACUUUUUUUUAUAGCUAAUAAAUUUUCUACCCACACAUAAUUAAUUAAUAAAGUAAAACCUAUAAUGUUUUUGUCUUGCAAUUUAUUCAACUGGAACCGCCAGUUUAAAAAUAACAGAAUGCUCACUACAUUCCAGUUGGAAACAGACUAUUUAUUAAGUCUAUACAUGCUUUAUUUCAACAGAUACGUCUACAGUGUAAGAGGUGGCACAACGUACGUCAGAAUUCCAUCUGUAGGAAACUUAAGUGAGUUCUUUGUUAUAGAGCCAUAUAUAAUUUCAAUAAAAUUUCAAGAAAUAUUUUAGCUGCUAAUAACCUACAUUAUUACACAUUGCAGUCACCUGCUAUCUUCUGAUUUGGCAAUAACUCAUGAUGGCUAAUAUAAAUUGAUUCAUACAUUCAUAAAUCGUAUUAUUCGUCUCACUCUCCAAUCGAGCUAAUAUAUUACGAUUAGUUCUAUAGCGCAAAUUUACAUUUGGAUAUAAUCAAAUGCACUUUACAUCAAGUAUUAUACGUUUACCUAAAAUGACAUAUCUAGAACAGGUGGGAAAUUUGUCUGAGCAUGCGUUGCAAAAUGAGUUACGCAAUUGAGUGGAAUACACGCAACGCAUGUUUACAAAAAGGCUCAAUCGUGUAAAUAUUGCUAAAUGUUUGUACAAAAUACAUGACUGUUUUGUGUUGAAAAUGGACAUAAUUUAAUAAUAUAUAUAUUAAUCAUACAGAAUUUUUUAGUGACGUUCUAUUUCAGUACCCUGCCAUUGUCUCUGGUGGGCUGUCCGUGAGCAUUCGAUCUGAAACAGUUGCUACUUUGCUCUCGAAAAACUUCGAAUGUUUAUACAUGAAAAUAGAAGCAAGUCAUGCAUUUUACAACCUCGUAAACUGCAUGAGCCCCUAUUUUUACGCUUAUACCUAAGAUGUCAAAUAAAAAUACAUGAAACAGAGAACAUUUUUAGAAAGUUUUCUCGUGAGGCCCCUUCCAGUUUUUAAAAUAUCUUUAUUUCUGUUUCGGUCAUCACCAAAAUUACACUAAAGCCGGGCUUGAAUAUACAACAAAUUUUGAAUCUCAUCAAGUACAAAAAUAUUUAACGUGUAACCAAAAUAUGCUCAUGAAAUCGAAAUUAAUACCUAAAUUUUAAAAACCGGUUUUCAUGAAGGAAGUUCACAUGUCGGCCUUUGAUUCUUGGCAAAAAUUUGACCACAACCCGUGCGUGGUCUCAAAGACUCAGCUAAAACAUUGUGAGCCCCUAUUUUCCUGACGAUAUGUUUGAUACCUACAAACGCCAAAACGUAUUCUUUUCAUUUAGCUAUAUUUGACAUUGAGACCACGGGCUAUAUUUGAGAAAUACAGUUCAAAGUCAAGCUAUUCUUACAUAUUUUCAAAAUUUGUCUUUUUUAACUUGGACAGCAGAAGUUAAAUUAAGAAACAUAGAAUGAAAAAUUUGAGGCAUAUAAAGUUAUUACACCAAGAAGAGAAUGUGCGUUCAACCACCACCAAGACACCACAGUCCGGUGUAGCGUUUGGAGUUGUUGAAGUUGUUGGUGCUAGCGGCAUUCAAGUGAAAGGAAACUUUUUGUUUGAUGAUGGUUCUGACACUACGCUGGUAACGGAAUCUUUUGUGCGAAAGCUGGGAGUGCGGGGAAAGAAGACCACGCUCAACAUUUCGGGUGUUGGAGGAAAAGAAAGCAAAAGAACGUCUUCUCAAGUGAACCUCCACGUUAAAACAUCACAAGGCAAUGCUGAAUGUGUUAAUCUCACAGCCCGGAGCCUUCCAAAGAUCUGUCAGCCAGUUGGAACUGUUCAAUGA